AUGCAAGUGGAGGCUGGUCAGAAGAGAAAGGAAGAGCAGAUGGUGCAGACAGCCGCGCCAUCUCAGAAGACCAAGUGGCCAAAAGGGCCAGGCAAGGGCUCAGGACAGGGGCAAGGGUACAAUCAAGACAGGCGGCCAAAGACCCAGAAUUCCUGGUGGAGCGACAACAGAAACCAGGGCUCUACGUAUUCUUCGGAAGAUCUGAAAAAUCUGGUUCGAACCAUGGGGCAUCUUCUGAUACGCAAAUCAGCCUCCGAGGACUGGAGCAUAGUCCAGGCGCUCUUUUUGGCGGGCAAGCACUGGCGGGAGCAGAAAGAGAAGACCCCCAGCCAGGCGCUGGCGGAGCAAAGAGGCCUGAUGGGGAAUGGGGAGCACCUCUCCUACAAGGAUGUGGUGGAGACUCUGACAUCCCUCAAGCUGCUAUCGGUCCUUCCGCACGUGGUAGCUCGUUUCCACGCAAUACGGAAACUUACAGCGGAAAUGACCAGCGAAGUGAUGCCGUUCACGCUCGAAAUCCAAAAUCGCUCGCAGGAAUCCCAACAGUGCUUUCACCUGCUCGGAAAGCUCAGCCGCAACUCCAGUACCCACCUCAUUGCGGCCACGCUACGACCGGCCAAGCUCGGUCGUUCGCCCUUGGCGAACACUGUCGACCGCUUGAUCCAGGAGCUUUAG